GACAGUACUGUCAGUCAAAAGAGAAUGAAGAAAAGAAGGAAAUUUGAAGAUUACGUUCAAGGGUCAGAUUUGUCUCCUGAGGAGGAUGAGUCCUUGCCAGACAAGAAAAGGGAGGAUACAGUGUUGCUUCCGGUUCCUCCACCAAAGAUUAAGCUCUCAAAUAGGGCAACCACAGGACAAAAUGCAAUGCUGCUCGAGUUACCUGCACCCCCAGAACUGGCUAACACCAUCAAUAGACGACCAGAGAGUCCUGCAUCUUCAGACAUUUCUGGAUGUUCUUGUCCAAUGCCUCAUUGUUCACCCACAAGGUCUGAAUCAGCAGAAGAAUUUAGUCCAGGGUCAGCCAGAUCUAACCGUUCUCACACACCUCAGCGUGGAGUUUGUAAUCCAUCACAUUUUGGGAGCAGAAAAGGUUGGGCAUCCUCAUCCAGAUCUAAGCGUUCUCGCACACCUCAGCGUGGAGUUCCAAAUCCAGCACAGUCCGGGAGCAGAAAAGGUCGGGCAUCCUCAUCCAGAUUUAGUCGUUCUCGCACACCUCAGCGUGGAGUUCCAAAUCCAGCACAGUCCGGGAGCAGAAAAGGUUGGGCAUCCUCAUCCAGAUCUAGUCGUUCUCGCACACCUCAGCGUGGAGUUCCAAAUCCAGCACAGUCCGGGAGCAGAAAAGGUCAGGCAUCCUCGUCCAGAUCUAACCGUUCUCACACACCUCAGCGUGGAGUUUGUAAUCCAUCACAUUUUGGGAGCAGAAAAGGUUGGGCAUCCUCAUCCAGAUCUAAGCGUUCUCGCACACCUCAGCGUGGAGUUCCAAAUCCAGCACAGUCAGGGAGCAGAAAAGGUCGGGCAUCCUCAUCCAGAUUUAGUCGUUCUCGCACACCUCAGCGUGGAGUUCCAAAUCCAGCACAGUCCGGGAGCAGAAAAGGUCGGGCAUCCUCAUCCAGAUUUAGUCGUUCUCGCACACCUCAGCGUGGAGUUCCAAAUCCAGCACAGUCCGGGAGCAGAAAAGGUUGGGCAUCCUCAUCCAGAUCUAGUCGUUCUCGCACACCUCAGCGUGGAGUUCCAAAUCCAGCACAGUCCGGGAGCAGAAAAGGUCAGGCAUCCUCGUCCAGAUCUAACCGUUCUCACACACCUCAGCGUGGAGUUUGUAAUCCAUCACAUUUUGGGAGCAGAAAAGGUUGGGCAUCCUCAUCCAGAUCUAAGCGUUCUCGCACACCUCAGCGUGGAGUUCCAAAUCCAGCACAGUCCGGGAGCAGAAAAGGUCGGGCAUCCUCAUCCAGAUUUAGUCGUUCUCGCACACCUCAGCGUGGAGUUCCAAAUCCAGCACAGUCCGGGAGCAGAAAAGGUCGGGCAUCCUCAUCCAGAUCUAGUCGUUCUCGCACACCUCAGCAUGGAGUUCCAAAUCCAGCACAGUCCGGGAGCAGAAAAGGCUUUUCACCAACAAUCUAAUGGCUGGUUUCAACAUGAAGGGGCAGGGUCGCAGUGAGAAAAAAGCCUUCCAGGAUACAGUUUUUUACUCUUUGGUAAAAGCUGCAGUAAUGAAGUGGAGUAAAACUGCCACGGAACUUGAAAUUAGGGCUGCUAUGGCUGAGACACUGAAACAUGCUCCCGGGAGAGCUGGAGGUGGAGGUCGUCGCAAAGUCUGAACAUUGUGUAUUGUACAUUCUUAGAGUUUUUUUUGUUUUUAACUCUUGGAAUGUGUUGCU